AAGUAUAAAUAUAAAUUCGCGCGCGCGCGUGCCUCGGAUGGCGUGCUUCGGGUGCGGAUGGCGUGCCGCGUCGGCGCGUGCGCAUGGCGUCGGGUGUGGCGGGCGGGGAGAGGGAUUCGCGCUGGGAUUGGUGCGCCCUGUGCGUCUGUUUAUGUAUGUAAGGAGGGCGUGGGCAGGGGAUCCUGUUUUGGGUUUUGGGUUUUGUGGUGGUGGUGUGGUGUUGUGUGUGGUUGUGGGUUUGGUGGAUGGAUGGAUGGGUUAGUGGACCGUGAGGGCGGGCUGUUACUGGCAGGCGCUGCGAGAUUGAUUAGGAAGAGCGGAUCUGCGCUCGCUGUCGGUGACUCGGCGGAGUGCGCGGUAAGUAACUCUAGUGGUUGUGGCUUAGUUGCCGUUUGUGGUAAGGGGAUUGGCGCGGAGUUUAGUUGGUCGAUCGUUUUGUGUUGGGUUAAGGGUUUACUGAGGGCAGGUAUAGGAGCUGUGGAGGAUGUGGAGAUGGGUGAGAUGAGCUUUGGUUUUGUUGUCAUGUGGUUAUUGGUGGGUUGGGGUAUGUAUUUUGGGCUCUGGAGAUUGUUGUUUAGUACGACUGCACUGCAACUGUCUGAGAGUGCCAGGGUCGGCCUGCAGCCACAAAGCUUACUUGGGGCGCUAGCUUUAACGACCUCGCUGUUACUACUCGUGCGUUUACUUCUUUGGUUAUUGGUUUUUCUGCUUUAGGGGUUGGUUCUUUGUUGUGCCUGCUACAGACGACUGUCCGGUGGUUUAUGGACUUGUUCGAUGCUGGUGCCUACGCUCGCUCGUAUGCUAAGGGUUUUGUUGUCGUCUUCGUUAGUUAGUAGCGGUGCAGUUAUUAAAGAAGUUUUAGAUGGUGCAAUUUUAG